GUAAUUGCGCCCCUAAACCAACUGACAACUCGACUUCCCCGGUACUGAAACUUUAACGUCAUGGAUUAUGAGUGUACUCAGGCCAUCCCGUUAAGUGAUUAUGAGGAGGAGACUGACGAUGGGCGCACAGAUGAUAAAAGUCCAGUUGGUCAGCUCCUGGUGAAUUGUCAAAAGGGCUUCCCAGAGACUAUCUUCCCGCUUUAUGAGGGUGACAAUGUGAUCGGCCGCCAACAAGACAAAGUCAACAUCUACAUCCCCCUGAAGGCCAUCUCUAAACAACAUGCCUGUAUUGAGAUCAGAGAUAGAGAAGUCCACUUCAUCUAUGAUAUGGAGAGCCGCAACAAGUCAAGAAGAGGAAAGAUGUUCCUUACCCCCAAGGUGAGGUAUGAAUUGAAAGAUGGAGACACACUCCUCUUUGGGGACGUAACUACUGUUUACAAAAAGGUAGUGGAGACUAAACCAGAUGAUGCUGGGAGUGAGACAGGAUCAGAGACGGGAUCAGAAUCGAUGUUAAUCAAUGUUUCUGCCGUAGAUUCACAGAAUGAUUCUGUGGGUCCUCCUCCAAAUGAUCAGGGCACUGAUACGGUGCGUGUUGAGGAGUCGUUCAUCGAUGAUGAUGCUGCAAGUGAUGCUAGUGUUGACCUACUUGCAGCCACAGCGGCAUAUGGAGCUGGUGGCAGUCAUGUGACUGUCGAAGAAACCCCCAUUCCGUCACGGACCACAAAAAGAAUAAAUGAGUGUGACAUAACCAUUCCAGAAUCACCAUUGGAUGCUGAUGCCACAAAACCAACCUUACGUGUUUCUGCUUCAGGAGAUGAUUCCUACGUUUUCGACGCACCGACACAAGCUUACAGAGAUCCUGAUGGGGAGGAUACCAUCCCUGACCGAAUAUUCGACUGUCCAACCCAGGCAUAUGGCAACGACGAGGAUGAUGAUGCUACUGAUGAUGAAGCGGUUAUUGACUUGGACGGACCGACCCAGGCGUACCCUGGUGGUGCUAGCCCUGUGUUUGGUGGGCCAACGCAGGCAUAUGGGGAUCAGGAUGGAGAAGGACCAACUCAAGCAUAUGCUCUGGAGAAGGAGACAAUUGAGCCAACUCUUGCCUACAGUAUGGACGGUGUUAAAGUGACCAAAGAUAAGUCAAAACCAACAAAAACGACAAAGCAGGAAUCGGAAGGUUUUUCUUUGGAGAAAACAGAAGAAGGUGAUUCUGACUUUGACCCGAGUAUUUUGGAAGGUCCCACACAGGCCUACCCAGACCCAGAUGCUGCCAGACCAACGCAACAGAUGGAGGAAGAUUCGCCUGCAUAUGGUUUCCUUGGCUCAACGUUCGUCAGCCCCCAGGGAGGGAAGGUCUCGGCAACAGUAUCAUCUUCUGCUAGUACUGUUUCUCCAAGCACUCAGCCCACGCAGUUAUUGAGGAAGGACUCUGAGGAUCAAACGCAGAUCCUCCCCGGGACGAGUGCGGCAGAUGUGCCAACUCAGAUUCUCUCAUCACCGAAACACACAAAGUGUGACAUCCCAGACACUCUAAUCAUUUCAUCUCCUAAGCAUAACAAGGAAAAAAUCCCAGACACCAUGGUCAUUUCUUCUCCAGAGUAUACCUCCGAAAGCCUGUUACAUGCAGGAAAGAAGGGCAUAUGGCCCCCAUGUGCAGGCAGCAUCAAUGAGUCAAUUGACAGUGAGGCGUCCACACAGAUCUUGGAUGCAUCCCCUAGCCCACCGAAACGGAAAGCUAAGAAAGUGUCCAUCUUCUCUGACCAGCCGACGCAAGUGUAUGGUGAAGAUUCUAUUGAGGGCGAGAGUGGUGGUUGUGGGUUUGAUGACGAAGCUACGCAGAAAUAUGACGAUGUUGAAGCAACGCAGGCGUAUGGGGAUGAGGGAGAGGCGGAGACUCGGGCGUAUGGUGAUGUUGAGGUUGCUGAGACCCAAGGGUAUGGGGAUGAGGCAGCAACGCAAGCGUAUGGUGACAAUGCUGAGACCCAAGCCUAUGGUGACCCAGGAGAAGAGGCUGAAACCCAAGCAUAUGGGACUGAUGAAUGCAGGGUGCCUCUUGAAGAAAUGCAGACACUGGCUUAUGAUGACGGGAAUGAAGUCGAGACCCAGGGUUUUGGGGAUAAUGCAAAUGAGAUGGAGACCCAAGCAUAUGGUUGUAAAGCUGAUGAGAUGGAGACUCAAGCUUAUGGUACUAAAGCUGAUGAGAUGGAAACCCAAGCUUAUGAUGAUGAUGUAGAUGAUGGAGAAACCCAAGCCUAUGGAUUAGAAGUAGUUCCAGACAGUGAAGAAAUUGAUACCGACAAGACAGAGACCAAGAGAUACGAGGAAUUCCCAGAAAGCAUGGAGGAUAUAUUUGAAGAUGUCCGGAAAAGAAAAAGCCAUGUGUUUCGGAAGCCUUUAGAUUAUUCCGAGGAUGAUGAUGAAACACAGCCAAUGACGGAGGAGCUUGAUGAUGAGCUGCCAGACCUUGAUGCAGAUGCUGCCGUUGUCGAACAAGAGUUGGAUGUUCCUCCUGAUGUUGCCCUAGAAAAUGAAGCAAGCAACAUUGUUGACGAACAUGACAUUGAAGAAAAGAAUGUCCGAGAGGUCAAGUCAUUUGCAGAAAAGAGCAAAGAGGAAAUUGUGGUGGAGGUUUCAGAGGGUUCAUCUCGUGGAAAAGGUUGUGGAAAGAAAACAGAUAGACAAAAAUCUCCUGAAAAGCCUAAAGCUGCCGAAUGCAAGGACACUGAUGUUGUCGUCAAAGAUGCUGUUGUUGUUGGCAAGGGCACUGAUGGAAAGGCGGCAGCAAGUGAGAAAGAGUCAGGGUCAAGGCGUGGUUGUAGGAGCAGACAUGGUAGGAAUGUAUCAGAAGAUGGGCCUGUGUUACUAGAUGUAAGAGAGAUCGGCCUGAGACAGAAACCUGUUCCUGAGGGUGAGACUGCCCCCUCCCGCUCGGAACAAGGGAAGGCGAAGGAUGAUAUUAUUGACGAGUCAAAGUCAAAGCGGGGGAAGUCUAAGAAGGUGGAGGAAGAUGACGAGUCUGAGGCACCGCAAGGUACUGGAAGGUCAAGAAGAGGGAAAAUGAAGGGAAAGCCAGAAGAAUCUUCAACUGAGCUGAUUAGUCCUGUUAGGAAAGCAAUAGAAGAAGAACUUGUUGGAGAGACCGGGCCAAGAGCCUUCAAGUCAAAGAAGGUGGUUGAUACUGGGGAUAGUUCGGAGCUGGUUGUUCCCAAAAGCACGUCCAGGAGAGGAGCGUCUCAAGUGAAGGAAGAAGGCCUUCCUGAUGCCUCCACAUCUGGCAGUGUUGCAGAUGAGGCUGGGGAUGGGGUAGCUAUGCCAGUAGUUGAACGAAGUAGGGGCAGACAAAGAACUCGAAAGAAAAAAGAUGAUGAUUCAAACUCUGUGGUUUCAGAAAAUAUAGAUUCGGAAUCUUCUGGGAAAAUUGGUAGUAAUAGGAGAGGCAAGGAACCGAGUCCUGCUGUGACAGAGUCUAAGGUCACAAGGGGUGCGAUGACAAGGCGUUCUCUGCCUGCUGAAGUUGUGAAGCCUCUGGGGACACCAAAAAGAGGGAGGCGAUCUGUUGCAUUUACUGGUUUGGAAGAUGAGAGCGAAUUAGUCACAUCUGAAGUCUCGGAGAAAGAUAUUCCAAGCACAAAAGCUGGGAGGAAAGGCAGAGGGAAAGCUGCUUCGAAGCUGUCGCCGGCAAAGGAUGACCCAGAAGAAGAUAGGGAAUCGGUCGCAUCCGAGGUGUCGGAGAAAGACGUUCCAAGCGCAAAAGCUGGGAGGAAAGGCAAAGGAAAAGCUGCUUCGAAGCUGUCAAGGGAGACAGAAGAACUGGCAGACGCUGUUUCAGGAGAUGCUGAGGAUACCGGGCAAGGGAAAGGGAAAAGGAGCAGACGCAUGAGCAAGAAGAUGACAGAGGCUGUUGAUGCAGCGGCUGAGACAGACAAAGCUGAGACUGUUGGUAAUGCAAAGGGAAGGAAAGGCAAGCAGACGAAGAAUGAAGAAGCAGACGUCUGUGAAUCAAAACAAUCAAAAGGAGAGGAGCCUGCUGAAGAAUCUGUGAAGUCAAUACGAGGGAAAAGAAGUGCAGACAUUAGUAAGAAGGAAGAUUGUGAUGCUUCAGCAACAAAGCGCACCAAACGUGGUGCUAAAAAACAAGAGGAAGAAGAAAAGGAAGCAGAUGAUGUUGAGGAGGAAAGUCAUGCUGCUUCAGCUUCCAAACGAUCAAAGCGAGGUGCUGACAAGAAGGAGGACGUUGUUGAAGGGGAAAAUGUUGAGCCAGAACCUGAGACAAUAAAGUCGAAGCGGGGAAGAAGGGCUGGUAAAAAGAUAGAACAUCCAAAAGAGGAAGUGAAGGAGGAGCCUGAAACUAUCAGUAGGGGGAGCAGACGGCAAAGUGAUGUAAAGGUGCCAGAUGACAAGAGAGGUAAAGGAAAAGUCACUGCUGAAGAGGAUGAUAUAUCAUGGAGUAGGUCGUCUAGCAGAGGAAAGAAGGAAGAGGAUGUAAAGCCAGUGUUGCCAGCACCUCGUGGGAGGGGAAGACGGAGUCAUCAGCCCGCAGCUGAAGAUGAUGAAACAGAUUCAAUGUCCACAACAUCUGAAGUAUCGGAAGUCACCACAGCAUCCUCAGCUAGAGGGAGGCGUGGGAAGACAAUGGCAGUGGAACAAUCCCCGGCCACGACUCCAAAAGGUGCUAGAGGGAAGAGGACAGCUUCUAAUGAAAGCAAGGAGCCUACAGCAACACCAACCAGAGGGAAUACACCGGCAGCAACGCCAACCAGAGGGAAGGGAGCCAGUGCAGCGGUAGAACGACUCACUAGUCCUAGGUUACAGAAUUUGCCAGGAGAACAACAUCAUAAGAUAUUAUUCACUGGAGUUGUUGAUGACAAAGGACAGAAGGUGGUGAAAGAUCUCCGAGGAGAACUGGUGACUGGAACUGAUGAUUGUACCCAUCUCGUUACCGAUCGAGUGCGUAGGACUGUCAAGUUCCUUUGCUGCCUUGGUCGGGGGGUGCCGAUAAUCAGCACAGAUUGGCUGGACAGAUGUGCAGCUGCAAAAAGAUUUGUCGAUCACACUCUAUUUAUAGUCAAAGACGCCGAAAAUGAGAAGAAGUUUGGGUUCAAACUGUUGACAAGUCUACAGAAGGCAGACGCACACAAGCUCUUCACGGAUUACAAGAUACAUGUCACCAAGAAUGUCAAACCUGAUCCGUCCAGUAUGAAACAAAUUAUCGUGUCAGCAGAGGGAAAGUACCUGCCGACCAUGCCCAAGAAGGGAGACGAACGGACUGUGAUAGUAUCUUGUGAUGAAGAUAAACGAUUGUGCCAGGCUGCCUUGAAUGCUGGGGUCCAUGUGGUCAGCAAUGAAUUCGUCUUAACAGGCCUCUUGCAGCAGUCUAUUGACAUUGAAAAAUUUAGCUUAUUUACCUCCGAACAAGUCAGUGGGAGUGUGGCGAGGAAGAGGCCGGCUCAAGGAACGCCUGGGGACAGUGCAAAAAAGCAACGCCGGUGAUAUUGAUUAAGAAAAUGACAUUUUUAAUCUGUGACCUGUAAUGCAUUGAGACUUCAAUCAUUUGGGCCAAAUUUGCCAGAUGACUUGCAUUAAGCUGCUUAGUUUUGAAUUAAUCAACGUUGGCGCGUUCAUAUUUUGUGGUGUCUCCUCUGGGGUUGUGACUACAUGUACAUAAAAGAAGUUGUGACCAGCACAACAAUUAGUUUCGGUGGGACUGUCUCAAUGGAGACAAUUGCUGACUGCUACAAGAUUGUGAACAGCCCAGCCCAGAUGGUACCCUGUCCCAAAGUGUCCAUUUACUUACUUGAAAGUGACCUCUACUUUGGUUUCUUUGCUGCAUGAAGAGCGGAUUGCAUGUAGAAGUCCACAUUUGAUGUCCUCUCAUUGUGGGCGACCGUUGUGUUCAGAGCAUCACACUACCAGCAUCACAUGACCAAUUGUGAUAAUUUAGGUAAAAACCCUCAAUGAUGUAUAAGAGAACAUGUACCUCUUUGAAUGUUUGCUAGAGGUGUGAUCAAUAGUUUCAUCAUAGUCCCAGUGCAAUAGGUUUGGUACUUCAUGAGUUCAGAAUGUUAA